UUGAUAUAAGAAUAUCGAGAGAUUUAGUGUUUGUUUAUUUAUGGUAUGUAUGUCAUGGCGGUGUGCAGUGCAGUGUGCUGGAAACUUGAAUGAAGUGAGUGCAUUGAAACUUGAGAGAUAGGUGGCUGAUUAUGAAUAUGUGGACUAUGUCAGUGAGAAGCAGCGGAAUGUUUUGGUGUCAGUGUCAUUGUCACUGUAGAAGAAUACAUUGCUCCGAUUCGAAGCCAAGCCCACGCCGUGGUUUUGGCCUUGGAGAUAACAGCAGGAUUAAGACGAACAAAGGCGAAGCUGGGACUGGCAAGGACAGAGGUUUGGUGUCGAAGCAAAGUAGCAGGGGGUCAACAUCUCGUCCUCCAUCCACUCAGGCACCCGCACCACAGCUCGACGGCAAGUCUCGCAACGAUACUUUCGAUCUUGACUUUGAACAACGACUUCAAGCAGUUAGAAGGUCUGCCCUUGAACAAAAGAAAGCAGACGACGAAAAACAGUUUGGACCCAUUGACUAUGAUGCACCACCACCGCUAUCUUCGGACCAGAAGACAAUUGGCCUUGCUACCAAGAUUGGAGUAGGAGUAGCUGUUGCCGUCUUCGGUCUCGUUUUUGCUUUUGGAGAUUUUCUUCCUUCUGGAAGUCCCAAUGAAGACAGUGCCGUGGUGAGUAGUAAGCUGUCGGAAAAAGAGAAGGCCACUCUUCAGAGUAGACUUGAGGAAUUUGAAGCAAUAUUAAGGAACUCCCCAAGAGAUGCAACUGCUCUUGAAGGAGCUGCAGUAACUUUGGCAGAACUAGGGGAAUAUACAAGAGCUGCUUCUCUACUUGAUGUUUUAACAAAGGAAAAACCAAAUGAUGCUGAUGUUUUCCGUUUGCUUGGAGAAGUUAAGUAUGAACUCAAAGAUUAUGAAGGGAGUAUUGCUGCAUAUAAAAGUUCAGCAAUGGUUUCUAAGGAUAUUGAAUUUGAAGUUCUGCGAGGCCUUACUAAUUCAUUACUUGCUGCCAAAAAGCCAGACGAGGCUGUUCAAUUUCUUCUUUCCUGUCGUGAGCGUCUGAGUUCUGUAAAGGAAAGCGCAAAAUCUGAUAGCAGCCCAACAAACACAGGGAAGCUGGAUCCAGUCCAAGUUGAAUUACUUCUUGGGAAAGCCUAUUCCGAUUGGGGCCAUGUCAGUGAUGCUGUAGCUGUUUAUGAUCAGCUCAUAUCAACUUAUCCUGAUGAUUUCCGUGGAUACUUAGCUAAGGGAAUCAUCCUAAAAGAAAACAAAAAUAUUGGAGAUGCAGAGAGGAUGUUCAUACAGGCUCGGUUCUUUGCAUCAGAUAAAGCUAAAGUUCUUGUGGACCGUUAUGCAAGAUAAAACUUGGCAUUGGCUUUCAAAUCUAAAGGUGCUACUUUUUCUUUUCUUGCGCGCUUCUUUUUCAAUGUUGUCACCGUCGUCGCUGCCACUACUGCGAUCGUUGUUGUUGUUGCUGUCACCAUUGAUGUCUUCUUUUUCUUCUUGUUUAAUUUCUUCUCCUUCCCAUUCUCAUGUAUUAUCAUCAUUAUUGUUGUCUUCGUCUUCAUCUUUUAUAUAUGUUCAGAAAAUCAGUGCACAAAAAUUUUGAGGCACAAUACAUAAAUUUUAGUGCACAACAUAGAAAUUUUUAGUAUAUAACAAUUUUUUGAAAGACAACAUGUUCAGAACAUUGAUACUCAACUAACAAAAUAUGUAUAAUGCAAAACUUAGGUGCAAAAUAUACAAAUUUUGGUGUAGUA